AAAAAAAAAAAACUGGAGCACACAGGCAGCAUUACGCCAUUCUUCCUUCUUGGAAAAAUCCCUCAGCCUUAUACAAGCCUCCUUCAAGCCCUCAGUCAGUUGUGCAGGAGAAAGGGGGCGGUCGGCUUUCUCCUUUCAAGAACGAGUUAUUUUCAGCUGCUGACUGGAGACGGUGCACGUCUGGAUACGAGAGCAUUUCCACUAUGGGACUGGAUACAAACACACACCCGGCAGACUUAAAGAGUCUCAGACUGAGGAGAAAGCCUUCCCUUCUGCUGCUACUGCUGCUGCCGCUGCUUUUGAGGGUCCGCUCCUUUCAUGGUUUUUCCUGCCAAGCCAGAGGCACCUUCGCUGCUGCCGCCGUUCUCUUUGGUGCCAUUCAGCGGCUGGCCAGAGGAUGAGACUCUCCAAACCCCUCACUUUUUUGCUUUGGCACCUGGCUUGGCUGGACCUGGAAUUUCUCUGCACGGUUGUGGGCGCCCCUGACUUGGGCCAGAGACCCCAGGGGACCAGGCCAGGAUUGGCCAAAGCAGAAGCCAAAGAGAGGCCCCCUCUGGCCCGGAAUCUAUUCAGGCCGGGGGGUCACGGCUAUGGCGGGGGAGCCACCAAUGCCAGGGCCAAGGGGGGCACCGGGCAGGCAGGAGGCCUGACACAGCCCAAGAAGGAUGAACCCAAAAAGCCGGCCCCCAGAUCGGGUGGCCCCGAACCCAAGCCAGGACACCCUUCCCAGGCCAGGCAGGCUGCGACGCGGACUGUGACCCCCAAAGGACAGCUUCCUGGGGGUAAGGUACCCCCAAAGGCAGGAGCUGUCCCCAGCCCCUUCCUGCUGAAGAAGGCCAGGGAGCCCGGGGCCCCUCGAGAGCCCAAGGAGCCGUUCCGCCCGCCCCCCAUCACGCCCCACGAGUACAUGCUCUCGCUGUACAGGACGCUGUCCGAUGCUGACAGGAAGGGAAGCAACAGCAGCGUGAAGUUGGAGGCUGGCCUGGCCAACACCAUCACCAGCUUUAUUGACAAAGGGCAAGAUGACCGAGGCCCUGUGGUCAGGAAGCAGAGGUACGUGUUUGACAUCAGUGCCCUGGAGAAGGACGGGCUGCUGGGGGCCGAGCUGCGGAUCCUGCGGAAGAAGCCCUCAGACACAGCCAAGCCGGCGGCCCCCGGUAGCGGGCGGGCUGCCCAGCUGAAGCUGUCCAGCUGCCCCAGCGGCCGGCAGCCGGCAGCCCUGCUGGAUGUGCGCUCGGUGCCAGGCCUGGACGGAUCUGGCUGGGAGGUGUUCGACAUCUGGAAGCUCUUCCGAAACUUUAAGAACUCGGCCCAGCUGUGCCUGGAGCUGGAGGCCUGGGAACGGGGCCGGGCCGUGGACCUCCGCGGCCUGGGCUUUGACCGGACUGCCCGUCAGGUCCACGAGAAGGCCCUGUUCCUGGUGUUCGGCCGCACCAAGAAACGGGACCUGUUCUUCAACGAGAUCAAGGCCCGCUCGGGCCAGGACGACAAGACGGUGUACGAGUACCUGUUCAGCCAGCGGCGGAAACGGAGGGCGCCGCUGGCCACCCGCCAGGGCAAGCGGCCCAGCAAGAACCCCAAGGCCCGCUGCAGUCGGAAGGCGCUGCACGUCAACUUCAAGGACAUGGGCUGGGAUGACUGGAUCAUCGCCCCCCUCGAGUACGAGGCCUUCCACUGCGAGGGGCUGUGUGAGUUCCCCUUGCGCUCCCACCUGGAGCCCACGAACCACGCGGUCAUCCAGACCCUGAUGAACUCCAUGGACCCCGAGUCCACGCCGCCCACCUGCUGCGUGCCCACGCGGCUGAGCCCCAUCAGCAUCCUCUUCAUCGACUCCGCCAACAACGUGGUCUACAAGCAGUAUGAGGACAUGGUGGUGGAGUCCUGUGGCUGCAGGUAGCAGCACUGGCCUUCUGCCUUCCUGGGUGGCGCCCCCCCCCCCCCCCCCCCCAGACGCUGGUCGCGAGAGCCUCUCCUGGCACUUGUGGGAUCACAGAGCAGCCGGGAAGCUGCAGCCAGGAACGUCUCUACAUCCUGCCGGAAAGGGGGUUCCAACGGCCUGGCCUGCCCUCGGAGUGGGACUUGGGCCGAAGGCCCCUAUCCACCCGCGGGUCCCUCUGCCCGGGAUGUCUGCUCUUCUGCUGCUCUGACUGGCAGGGAUGUGCCCGGGGAGACAGAUUCCGAGUGGGACAGAGACUCAGCAGACCUGGUUUUCCAAUGAGACUCAACCCACGAGCCUCCCCUUCCCUGGGCUCCUCCUUGGACUCUGGCCGCUCCAGGGAGUGCUCCCCGUGGGACAGCCACGGGUGCCACGUCCUCCAGGAAUCACAUGGUGCCUGGCGACUUUCUGCCCCCGAUGCGGAUGCGAUGCUGAUUGGGCAGGGGCGGGAGAGAGGGGGAGAGGGCUUGGGCAGGGGUGAGGAAUGUGGGGCUGUUAGACUAUUAGAUUAAGAAAUGUACAUUGAUGAGAUAAAAAGCAAAGCUGUGCCUAAAACCGUGGCAAUCUCCUUAUUUACUCCAGGGCACCCAAUGACCCCU